GUGUUUCAGAACAUCGAUGAUGGCACUUCCGACCGGCCAUACAGCCACGCCUUGGUGGCAGGCAUCGACCGCUACCCGCGGAAGGUGACUGCCGCGAUGGGCAAGAAGAAGAUCGCAAAGAGGUCUAAGAUCAAGUCCUUCGUCAAAGUCUACAACUACAACCACCUGAUGCCCACCCGGUAUUCUGUUGAUAUUCCGCUGGACAAAACAGUAGUCAAUAAGGAUGUGUUCAGGGACCCUGCUCUAAAACGCAAAGCGAGACGUGAAGCCAAGGUGAAAUUUGAGGAAAGAUACAAGACGGGCAAGAAUAAGUGGUUCUUCCAGAAGCUGCGAUUCUAAAGGUGUAACAAGGUUGCAUCAAUAAAUGUUUAUUAAAAACCA